UUAUGUAAAUAUAAAAGAGAAUUUAUUAUAUCUUAGAUAUGUGCAUUUUGUGAAAUGGAAAACACUUAAAGUCGCUAAAAUAGCUUAUGCGUCGACGCCUAAAUUGAAUAAAAUUAACCAAGAUGGGUAACGUUUGCAGUUCUGGCGAUAAAAGAAAAAAAGACAGCAUAUCAGAGAAAUCAGAUGAUUCCUCGCCGUAUCAAGAAGCCAAUAAAAAGGAAAUUCAAUUAACAUCGGUUGGGAAUAAUAGUGAGAAACUUGCUCCUUUGGCCGAUCCAGAGCCUGUGCCGCCAGAUGUGUCGUUCGCUAUUAAAGGCGCAAACAAUGAAGCUCAACAAACACCCAACGAAGCCAAUAAAGACGCUACAAAAGGAAAUCAAUGUAUGGAGAAAGAUUCCGAAACAACUACACCACAAACUUUGAAUGCACCUUGCGAUAUUCCGAAUCAAAAAACUGCACCCAACAAUUUAGCUAUACUUCAAGGCAAACCUCCGCCUGGACGGAAAAUCGAAAGGGAUAAAAAGAUUGUGAUUUAUAUUUUAGCGAAUAAUAGUCCUGAAUAUAAGAAGCACAAGCGCGUUGUGCAUAGUCUCUUCAAGCAGUUUGUGAGUAAAUGUCAAAGUAAGGGUUUCGAUUUCUUAAUCUCCGAUGUGCAUGAGAAUGAUAUAGGGGCUAAGAAAGACUUUGGUAAAUUACAAGAAGUUAAGCGCUGGACGCAAAGCCCACAAGAAGCACAGGGUGGUCAUGAAGAGGCCGCAAAUUGUCUAUCAGAAAUAUCUAGACAUAAUUCCACCGCAUACAUUAUACCAGUACUGUUUCUCGGUUCAUCACUUGGUACACCAAUGCUACCCUUAACUAUUGAAAGUCAAGAUUUCACUUCCGUUCUGAGUGUGGCAAGUGAAGAGGAGCGUGUUCUCUUGGAGAAAUGGUACACCAUUGACAACUCAUAUCAACCAAUGUGUCAUCGUUUGUAUACGCAGCAAAUCGAUACGUAUUCAACAGAAGUUAACGAUGAAUUGAACCACUUACUGGAAGUGUUACUACGUCUAUUUUCCGAUGAUUUAAAAGACUCGUAUUUAACAACUGUAGUUGAACAAGAGAUUAAUAAUACCGUACUUAUAAGUCAAGAGCACGCUAAGCGUUGCAUCUGGAUACAAACUGGUGCACAAUACACAAAAUUACCAGAAAAUGCCUCGCAAUUGGAUGCCGAAGUUUUGAGACGUAUCACCAAGGUGUAUACCGAAUUGAAGACACAUCUGUCGGAGAAAAAUCUCAUUCGAAUUUUACCCACUAUGAAUAUAUUGGAUGAAGAGUUGACGGCAGUUAUCGAAAAUUUGCUGGAUAAAUCGAUAACUUCCAUAUUUGAGGAACAUCAAAAUAAAAAUAGUAUUCCUUAUAAUACGAAUGGCGUAGAUAAAGUACUCCUGGAAGAGGCACAUCUUAUUGCACACUACUCUAAGAUAUUGGCACAAAAUUCAGCUAAUUUCGACAUUAUGAAUGAUGUGAAAAGAUAUAUAAAAGAUAAUACGCAAUGGCCGUUGAUUAUAUCCGGAGCAAAUGGCUGUGGGAAAAGUGUUCUAGCCUCUAAAAUAAUGGAAAACGUUCAUAGAUGGAAGCCAGAUGCUCAUUUAAUAUUAAGAUAUGCGAAUUUGACAGUUCGAUCUUCCGAUUUAACAUCUCUAUUGGGCUCCAUAACAGAUCAAUUAUCAGUUUUGGUAAAUGGCAGUCAGUGUAAUUGUGAGCAUACAAUAGAAGGUUAUUCGAAUACACUGAAAGAGUUGCUGGAAAAGAAAGACUUCUUCGUUGUCUUAAUUAUCGACUCUCUGGACGAAAUCGUACGGGAAGAAGGUUUAAAUUGGCUGCCAUUGCAAUUGAAUGGCACCACCAAAGUCAUACUGACCGUUACCGAAAUGGAGAAUAUAGAGGAAUCGUUGACAUUGUCCAAUUUAUGCGAACUCGGUAUACCGAAUAAGUGUUUCAUGAAAAUGAAACAAUUUACUGAAAGACAAUGGAACGAUAUAUUGAGCUCGGGUGGUAGUGAAUUCUACGCGUCUAACGGUGCACUCAAAUUACCCGAAGAAUGGAAACUGUUGCGUGGCAAAACACCACUGCAUGCCAAAUCUUUAUGGUGGCUAGCAUGGUUAUCACACAUGUCCAUUAGUAUAACAGAUAUAUCGGAUGUCUUAGAUAAGAUGUUGCAAAUUUUAGAGACGAAAUUUCAAACGGAACAUGUUGAACUAAUGUUACUCAUUGUCGCCGUCUCCGAGUGGGGUAUACGCGAGAGUGAUUGUUUGGGUGUUUUCCAAAAGCAAACGCAAUUAGAAGCGCAGGUCGCUUUUAAGAUUUGGUCGAAAUUUUGCUGGUUAAUGGGACCAAUGUUAUUAUUUCUAAAAAAUAUACGUAUAGCCGAUAAAAGUUUUCGAAAUGCUAUUUUCAAGAGAUACACACACAAAAGGUGGCUGGUACACAAAACAAUACGCGACUACUUUGAUCGUCAACAGAGCAUACUGCCAAAUGGUACCGGGAAUGGUCAUAUAACAAAUUAUAAUUAUCAAAAGUACUUAAAACUGCCUUAUCAUCAUUUUUGUGCCAUAGUUGAGGAUAAUGCCACAGCUGAUAAAAUUGAAAUGCUCUUCAACUGUUUCUAUUUCACGGAUCUGCAGUGGAUUGCCGAUAAAGUUCACUCGAAUGGUCCAGCGUAUUUAAUGCAUGAUCUAUUAGUUUCGGAAAAACUUGCACAAACCACCGAACAGUCAUGGAUUCAUAUUACAUUUUUGAAAGAGUUUUUGAAAAAUUAUAUGCGUGAACUCAACUACGAUGGCCAUCAAUUCUUCACUCUAAUCAAAUAUUAUCUCAAAGUACGCAUAAGAGAUGAUCUAACAUUGAAGGAUGAUGAAAAAAUACGUUCGUGGUUGGAAUUCACAAAUGAAAUAGAAAUACCAUUUAUGGAGAUAUUAAAUUCGAAUUUGGCCCCUGAUGAGGGCGACGCAACUAGUAGUAGUUAUGAUGUUUUGGUCAAUUUACCGCAAAAGGGUUAUUAUGUAGCAUCGAUAAGUACCGAACGGGAGGAGAUAUGCAUAUGGGACGUACAAAAUUGUACGCGUGUACGUCAGUUGUUGGGAAUACCACAGCCGACUUCGAUGUGUCCAGUCGGUACUUAUGAGGCGGCCGUAUUGUGUCGUCGGGAGAUUAAAGUGAUUAAUCUGGAUGAGGGAAAAUAUAAGAUUACUUUAAAAGGUGUUAUGAAUCAGAAAAUGCCAUAUUUCGGUUUGCACGAUCAAAACCAUGUCGUCUGUUUGUCGCGCAAUCGCAUGUAUGUGCAUCUCAUGAAUUUGGAGUCAGGAGACUGCGUUAUGACCUUCAAAGCCGGUGAGGAUCGUUUUCUCAACUCACUUUUAGUUUCCGGCGAUGGACGUAUACUCGUUUGCGGCGAUGAAACACAAAAACCCUUCCCACUUUUGGUUUGGCAUUUGUCGCAAAAGAAAUUACUCUACGACUUGCGCAUUCCACAUCAUGAUUUCAUAACCUCGCUAUCGGCUAUAACCUAUGAGGGUUCAUAUGUUUGUGUGGUGGCUAAGGAACUAAAUGAGCCCACACCCAAUUUUAUUGUUGUAUAUGAUUUACAAAGCGGCACAUUGUUCAAGAAGUGGAAGCCCGCCUGUAAUACGGUCUCGUUGGCGAUAUCUCAAUCGAAUGCUUGCGUCAUAGCUGGUUUAGAAGAUGCAAAAAUUUUGAUAUGGGACUUAAUAACGGGAAAUUGUAGAUCAACAUUGAUUGGCCAUAAUGCACCGGUGACAUUUUUAAAAUUAGAUCCAUUGGGAAAAGUAUUGCUGUCGCGAGACAAAGAUGGACGGGAUAACUCGAUACGUGUGUGGGAACUGAAUACAGGUAAAUCACUUGCCGUUUACAAGCCGCCUGGCCAAAUAACAGCCUGUGAGAUAUUACCCAACGGUGCAUUUGUAGUUGUAGCUUUGAGGAACAGAACUGAAUUAUUGACAUUGGCUUUAAAAAAUUAUGGAGAAGCUCCAGAUGAUAAUUGUUAUUUAUAUGGCAAUCAGGAUAACCAAAAUAAAACUUUUAAUCUUAAUUAA